AUGGAAGACUAAGUUUCACUAGUUAGAUAUUUUGCAGAUGUGAGUAAAUUGGUUACUAUUUGUUAUAAAUUAUCAUUGGAAAAACAAGCAUUAUUAAAAUAAACAAAAUGUUAUUCAGAAUAUCAAUCAUAAAGUUAAUAAUAGAAAAGACCUAUGGAAAUAGAAUCACCUAAAUCAUUCCUUAAUAAGUCUGAAUGUAAUAUUUAAUUGUAAUAAGAAAUCAAAAAUUUGAAUUAGGAUUAAAUAAAAUAAAAACAAAAAAAUUUAAGUAAAACUAGAUCAGGAAAACAAUUCUUUAAGUCAUAAAUUAUGUCUAAUAAAAAUUAAGUUGAUAAAGUAUCAUAAGAUAAUAAUAAUACAUUUAAUUGUCAAUAGUGUGAUAAAAAGUAUUAUCAUAUGAAAUCCUUAAAACGUCAUAUAAAAUGGAAUCAUUAAAUUAUUAAACUAACAAAUUAAAUAGAAGAAUGA